UUAAAAAAGUACAGCAACAAAAAAAUUAGAUGCCGCUCACUGGUAAGUGGCGCUAUGGUGAGCUGUUUUUAAAAAAAGGCCCGUAAUAUAUACACCCCAUAAAAUCUCUAAUUACCCCCUGGAAUUAUCUCUAAUAACAUUACAAAAUAAUCUCCAAUUAUCCAGGGAAUAAUCCCAAAUUACCCCAUGCAUUAAAGUUUAAUCUAAACCCUAUUUCCCCAGCACUAAUCCCUAACACACCUGUAUAAUGUCUAAUCUUACACCCAGUCCAGUCCAUGAUUAUCCUAAGCUUUAUUAGACCAGGUCUUCAGGUCUUCUAGAAUUUUUUAUUUUUUUCACAGUAAUAAUAAUAAUCUGUAAUGACUCAUGAAAUCUAAUGUUUUUCAUAAUAGACUCUUUGUGCAGUGUAUUUAACUGUCCUGAAAUGAAUAAUCUUUUAUCAUGUGGUACUAGAAAUUACUUGUUUUGAAUUUAAGAAUAUGCUUAAAUUUUCGCCAGCUGAAGUUGGUCAGACUACUCUGCUACAAGUACAGUAAGUUUCUCAGAAAUCUCCUUGUUUCUUUUUUCUCACGCCCCUGUUGUUCGACAUGAAUGUGUUCGUGAGUAAUGCGUUGCUGGCUUAUGUUCUACAUUUGUACUUUGGUGAAAUGGGAGUUUGCUUCCAUGCGAUUUUCCAGAGAACUGUUGUUCCACUAAAAGCAGUAAAAACACGCCCAAUCCUGUAACGGGGGAGUGGAAGAGACAGGAGGAGGAGGUGCUGCUUCUGCUGCUGGUGGAGUUGGUGUUAACCUUCUUCAGUGCACUACAAUGUAAACUUGUUAAUACAGGACAUGUGCUAUAGGUGUAAAACUCAGGACAGAAACCAAACAGAUCAGACUGUGAUCCCAGGAGAACUUGCAAGUCUUGUCUUCUACUUCCUGCCUCAACACAACGCCUAGGAUGGGGGCCAUGAUUUUCAUCCUCUAUCUAGGCUUUCUAAUCACUUUUGGCUUGACUGAAUCUUCUGAACACCACACCCGAGCAGAACAUAACCUGAAUCUGGAAUGCAUCAACGAUUUCCUCACAGAGAUGAUGUGCAUUUUGACCCCGGUUCAACUUGACAGUUGCGCUGAAUACAGUCUCAAUGCCUCUAGAGAUAAUCUUUUGUUCACGUGUGAUUUCAAGCAGCUAAACUCCAAUGCGUGUGAAUGUUUAUUUUAUGUUUCCUCUGGAUUUGUUGUCAAUGAGGACUACAAGGUUAAAGUGCUGAAAAAUAAAAACGUGCUGUUCACUGAAAUUAUCUCUACUACAGAAAGCAUUAAGCCCAAAAAGCCAUUUAUUGUAUCAGUCAAUCAGACACAGGAUGGAAACUUUCACAUUGUAUGGGACACCGAAUAUACGACCAAGGAGCCCGUAUUCAACAGUGAUCUGAUUUCAGAGCUCACUUACUAUGUCGAAGGAAACAAAGAAAGCAGAAAAAAUGUGACACUGAAUAAAGGCCAACAGGAUUAUUGGCUUGUAGGCCGAAACCUUGAGUCAAAUUCCAACUAUACUGUGAGAGCAAGAAUAAAAUUUAACUUAAACUUAAUAUUCAGUGACUACAGUGAUCCAUAUUGGUUUACCACCCCCCCAUCUCCAAAUGAAUAUCUCAAGAUAAUAAUUCCCAUCAUAUGUGUAAUUUUGAUCAUCUGCGUAUUCAGCAUGUACUACUAUUACGACAGACUCCUGACAGAUUGGUGGGAAAAGAUUCCUACCCCAAAAAUAGCCACUAAUUUUGUAAAACAGGUCCCAAACUUGAUGUCAUUUCAAAACGACUUUUCACCUGUUCAUCUUGACUCGUCAAAAGUGGUCCAAGCUGGGGAGAAGACAUGGCUGGGAUCUUCUUUGGUGGAUGUUAGAGAUGAAAAUAGCCUCAAUAGCCUUGGUAAAGAUGGCAGUUCAUCUGACGUGGUGUACGGCCAGACAGGCAAUGAGAGUGUAGAAGACAAUAAUGCUCACUGGGAGCUUGUGCAAGAAUCUCAGUCAACAAACCUUCGUCAAACAAACCUGAUGUCAACCAAAUAUUACAAAAACAUGAAACCAAACAGUGAUGACAUCCAACGGGAUAGUGGGAGUAGUUCUGGCUUCAGUAACAAAUUCUAUAUGUUCUCUGUCUCGGACGAGCUUCCCAAACCUACUAUGGGCUUUUUCGGCGAUAUUAAUCAAAAGGAAAAUGUUUUUCUGAGUCUGGCUAAAACCCAGGAUCCAGUGAUACAGACAGACUUUGAGUACGGCCCGUGUACUGGUUGGUCAGGAUCUGAAAACACCAGCCCGACUCAGUUCACACCUUCCAGCAAAGAGAUCAUUAUGGUCCCCGCAUAUCAGAGCGUCAACGAGGUCAUAGAUUGUGCGCCUACAGACCAAGCAUUUAUCAGUUCCCAUAAUGAUGUUAAUCUCAUCAUGGAAAAGCAAAUGUGCAGCCCACAGAAUAUUUCCUGUGAAACCGGCAUCAUCCAAGUGGAGAACGGAUAUAAAGAUUUUCAGAGCUUACUCCGAAAUUCAGAAGAACAGCAGAGCCUUGCCUGUGAACCCGAGCUAAAACAUCUUUGUGGCCCAGUUUUGCAUACUCCUCCAGGUAUUCAGAUUGACUCUUCCUAUCACAGGGUUUGAAUUCACAACUCAGUCUGCAUCAUUUUCUCAUAAUGAAAGAUUUUGAAUGUAUUCACCAUUAAGCAGUUAACUUGUGCUUAAAAAGUGUGUUCUUACAAACUAUGGCAAUAUGAAUGAUAUACAUUUACUCUGAUUGUUACAAUAUAUUACAAUGCUUUUUACUAACUUUGGCACAAGCCUCAGGAAAUGCAGCUAUUUGCAUGAAUAAAACGAAUAACUCUACAACAAUGUAAAACAAAAUGCAGAAGUAUUAGAAAAGCAGAAGUAUGGGUAACAGAAUGUUGUUUUUAUUAUGUCAGUAUCUUAUCUGAUGGGCAGUAACACAAGAUAGGUUGGAAAAAAAAACCUUAUAAAAUAAUAAUUCUUCGUUAGACAUGAGAAACUUUAGUGAUGUUCAGGAAAAAGAAAGAAGCGCUUUGUUGUCGUGUAAAAUUACAGAACUUACUGAAAGAAAGUGUAAAGCAAACUGCCUGACCACUUCCUUUGUGUUUCUCACUUGAAAAUAGCAAUCUUCAAUCAUCUACCUUUAACUUGAGAAUGUGAACAGGGAUAAGAAAGCACACAUGAGCCUGUAAGACUAUUUUGUAUGGAUAAACAACCACAGAGCAAAAAUUCCAGUUAAAUAUAGUCAAAUAAACAACUAUUAAAAUUAUUUGUUAACUGGAACCCAUGAACA